AUGUCUUCGAAAAAGCUCUCGUUUAAAGUCCAAAGCUCGGAAAGGAACACCAAUGUUGGCGAUCUUGAUGGAAAAACAAUCAUCUUUGAAGAACAUCAAAAAGAAUCAUCCACUGAUGAAAGAUCCGAUUUAAAAAGAAAACAUGAUGACAUUAUUCCGUGCAAAGGCAAUUAUUUUCAAUCGAUGAAACAUGCCAAACGAGACAAUCAUGAUGAGAAAAUGCUAAGAGACAAGGAGGAAUUCAUUCCGAAAAAGCCAGUCUCUGGAUUUGGUGUUGCAAUGUUGAAAGGAAUGGGAUGGCAAGAAGGAAAACCAUUCGGAAGAACGAACAAGAUUGUAGAACCAAUAGAAGCACAACCAAGACCACCUCUGGCUGGGCUCGGAAGUAAUCUGUAUCAACACUUGGAAUUAGAUCCAAAGAAUAAGAAAUUAAAGGAGAAAUUGGAACAACAAGAUACUAAAAAACAAGCUGCAGAAACCACAACAAGAUCCAUUGCAUUAUCAAGCAAAUCACUCUCGAUUGGAGAAAUGAAAAAUCAGCAAGCUGCCCAAACAUCACAGUCACAACAACCAAAGAAACCUAUUACAUGGUUACUUCCAAACAUUUACGUGAGAUAUAUCAACGAAGGAAAAUAUUAUUUACAAAAAGGUGUCAUCUUGGACAUACCAACAGAAUACGAAUGUACCUUAAAACUUGACUCUGGUGUCAUUUUGGAACAUGUGUAUGAACACUCACUUGAGACAGUCAUUCCCAAGCAUAAGGGCACUCUUUGUAUGGUUGUGCAAGGAAAAGACAAAGGAUUUGUUGGUGAAAUGAUCAGCAAGGAUCGAGAGAAAGAGACUUGUCAACUCAAAAGCCAAGAUGAUGAUAUAGUUCAGGUUUCCUUUGAUCAUUGUUGUGAGUAUCGAGAGUUUUAG